UAUUAAUAUCUCAGAGAGAGGGAGAGAGUAAGAAUAUUUACAAGUAUGGGGAUGGUCGUGAGAAGGGGUUGGGUAAUGGCAUUUGUGAUGGUGUUUCUGAUGUCAACUCAAGUGUUGGGAAAAUUAUCUGGUACAGGUCAUCGUGGUAAUAACAAAAGCCCACAUUAUAAACAUGGAGAAGGCCGAUGUUCACGCGCUAACAACAGAGCCUGGGGAGGAUUUGGUAAUCGAGGUGUCACUAGAGGCUGUAGGGGCAAACGAAGUGGACAUGGUGGUAGAGGGGGAAGUAUUGACGUUGGAGCUGGUGGUGUAACAAUCGAGGGAGGAGUUAGUCAUGCCGGUGGCAGAGUUGGAAGAGGUAUAAGCGGCGGUGAAAGAGUUGGACAUGCUGAUAGAAGUAGUAUCAGUGAAAGUGUUGGUAGCAUUGGUAGAAAUGUUGGAGGUGGCUCUAGAAAAGGUGAGGCUGGCUUUAUCGGAGGUGAAGAAAACCGUGGAAAUGGUGUCAGUGGUACUGAUAAAGGUGAAAUAGGCGUCACAUAUGGUGUUAGUGGUUUCGUUAGACGUGGUGCUAGAAGAGGUGAUCAUGCUGAUAGUGUUGUUGGAGGCGGUGCAAGUGAUGUUGGUCGGGAUGGUGCCACUAAUACCGAAGUUUCUAGUGGUGUUGGUGGAGGUAAUGGUGCCACUAGUACCAAUGUUUCCAAUAGUAAUGCUGGUGGUGCUGGUGGUGCAAGUGGUGCCGGUGGAGCUGGUGGUGCGAGUGGUGCCGGUGGAGCUGGUGGUGCGAGUGGUGCCGGCGGUGCAAGUGGUAAUGGUGGUGCUAGUGGUGCCGGCGGUGCAAGUGGUAAUGGUGGUGCAAGUGGGGCAGGAGGUGCUAGUGGUGGUGGUAGCGGUGAUGGCGGUGCUACUGGUGCCGGUGGUGCAAGUGGUGCUGGUGGUCCUAGUGGUGCAGGUGGUCCUAGUGGUGCUGGUGGUGCCGGUGGUGCAAGUGGUGAUGGCGGUGCUGGUGGUGCCAGUGGAGCUGGAGGCGGUGCCGGUGCUGGUGGAGGUGGUGUUAGGUUUGUUAAUAAUGUUGUUUGUGCAUGCACGUAA